AUGGAAGUCCGCGUGGCGUGUGCUGCUGACGCCUUCCGCGCAGAUCCAGCUGCGGUCCGCACACGGUGCCAGCGCCAGACACCUCGAGCGUCCACGGGUGGCCGCACCCGAUCUGCUUUGACGGCUGCCGCCCUGGCUAGGCUUGGACAUGCAAGACUGUGGCGGCCAAGCUCUACGCGGCUUCGAGCAGCAGAGGACGAGAGGCAGGUUCCGGAUGAUCCUGAAAAAGUGUUCCGGGAAGCUUUCGACGUGGAGGUCCAACAAGUCGGGCUGUUGUUGGAGCGCUUGGAGGCCAUGCGUCCGGACCUUCCUGACCGAGGCGUCAACCAGGAUUUCGCCAUGAAGCUCAAAGCAGUUAAGCAGCUGUCGCCAAAUCAGCCAGGAGGCAAGCCAUCGUGGCGAGAAGCUUUUGAGGCAGCGAAGCAGGUGUCCGUCUCCUUGGAGGAACUCUUAGAAGAGGCCCGGGCUAUGCCUUGUCUCGCAUCCGACCCCGAGGAAUUUCCGGCGACUGGCCAAGGUAAGGAUGGAUCAUCUACGGACCUGACGACCGCGCCCGCGCGAGUCAAGGAGCCCGAAGAAGUCAAGAACUUGGAGGGUGUAGCGGAGAAGAUCAUCGAGGAUGAAACCGUCCUCCGCUUCAUUGCCAUGCCUGUUCUGGGGUUGGGCCAGAGUGGGGAUGGCGCCGCACUACCUUCCGUGGAGAAGGUGCGACGCACUUUGGGUGCUGACUUUUUCAGCGUCCAGUCCCAGGUUAUUUUCGACCGUGUGUACAUCUUGACCGGGCAGGUGGCUCCAGAUGCCACGCCUUCGGCGGCAUUGGCUGCAAUGAGAAAGCGACUGGCAGCCUUGUCAAGCUCAGCUGAGCUCUUCUUGCAGCCGACCAUGAAUCCCCGACAGAGUGCGUUGCUCGUCAUGCUACGGGAUGACAUGCCCAGCGGUGACUUCUUGUGGUGGCAGUGGAUCCUGUGUGGCUUCGCGUUGGUUGCCUCAGUGGUGUCGGUGAACUUCGAGGCAUUUACAGUAUCGGCGCUGACUUCGGAGCAGCUCGCUGUUGUGAGCAUAAGCGAGCUGCCGGCCCUUGCCAUGCAAACUGCACCAUCAGCUGCAUGCAUUUUGGCCGUAGUCGCAGCCAUGGAGGCAGCCAGGAGAGUGGCAGCUGCCAAGUAUGGCGUUGUUCUUACUCCACCGUUCCUGGUUCCCGUGAGAAGCUCAGAUGACGCUGCAGCUUGA